AUGAAGAAUCAUUUUGAAAUUUCUAAGAAAACAACAAAUCAUUCUAAUAACACUACUACUACUACUGUUACACUUCAUCGUACAUCAUCAGCAAUUCCGAAAAAAUCAACUGAACGUAAUAGACAAAAAGGUGUUAGACGAUUAACUGUUGGUGUUGCCAAUUCUUUACCUCAUUCAUCAUCAUCAACUUUAGAUUAUUAUUGCAUUUCACCACCACCAUCAUCAUCACAACUUUCACAUACAAAAAAUAAAGAGGACACAUUAUUAACACAAUUAAAUAAUGUUAAAAAUAUUUCUAACUUAUCAUCAUCAUCACCACCGCCACCACCAUCAUCAUCGUCAUUAUCAACUUCUCCUCCUUCUACUACACGAUGUGAUUUAAUGAUUGUCCGACGACCUGUCAUUCCUGUGACAACUUCGCAUUCAACUACAACUAUUUCAUAG